AAGAAGAAGAAGAAGAAGAGAAAACAGAGAACAAAAUACUGUUUGGAAAGCAAGAAAAUCAGAGAGAAAAAAAUUAGUAGAGGAAGGAGAUUGUAGCUCUGAUACCAAAUAAAGAAACACACACACAAAAUCUAAAGAGAAAAUUUCUAUAUGUAUAAUAAAUGAAAGUCUCUUGCCAAUGUUAGGGGGCAAAUUUUAUUGCUAGAGUCUAUUCCUUCUAUCAACUGGGUUUUUUCUUUAAUUCAGCAGGAAGAAAAACAAAGAUCGGUUGGGUUGAAGAUGAAUCCUAUUGUGGAAUCUGCUGUGUUGGCCACAAGAACUGAGAGUUCUGGUAGCUAAGGAUAUAAUUCCAAGAACAAAGACAAGCCAUUUUGUUCUCAUUGUGGAUUGAAGGGCCAUACAAUUGACAAGUGCUAUAGAGUCCUUGGUUUCCCACCUGGAUAUAGGAACAAAGGAAGAGGAGGUCAACCACAUCAAGCUGCAGCAGCCAUGGUUCCUAAUCAAUCUGCUACUGUGGUUCCUGGUCAAUCUUUCUCUGAUAUUCCCAAAUUCGCACUAUCACAGGCUCAGUCACAAUGUCAAGAACUCAUGAAACAUGUGGCCAUGUUAAGUUCACAAUUUUCUGAAAUGGGGACAAAUUCUGUUGAUUCUCAGUCUUCUCAGGCAUUAGCCCCAUCUGCUGGGCCACAAGUUGCUCAUGCGGUGACUCAAUCUACUGAUUCAUAUCCACAAGCCUCUACCUUAGCAGCUUUUGACCCACAAGCUUCAACUUUUGCAGCCUUGCAUCACAUGGCAGGGCCUUCAACCAUGGAAGACGAAUGGAUUGGUAGAGAAAAGGGAAACUUGUAUCUUUUGGACACAACUGCUACUGUUUUUCCUUCUUUUUCCAUUCCAUAUAUUGCUUCAAAUGUUACGAGUCAAAAUAAGGCUUCUGCAGAAUCUGUACCUGCUUGUUUUGAUUCUCUUACUUCUGUCAAGAAUAAGUGUCAUAAUGUUCAUCUGUGGCAUGCUAGACUUGGACAUCCCUCCAUUUCUAGACAGCUAUUGCUCUUUCAUUGUAUUCCACAAAUUACUUUGAAUAAAGAUGUUCAGUUUUCUUGUUCUAUUUGCCCUUUAGCUAAACAGAAAAGAUUACCUUUUCCUAAUGCUAAUCAUGUGGCUCCUAAUGCUUUUGAUCUCAUUCAUUGUGAUACAUGAGUACCUUUUUCAACACCUACCUUAGAAGGUUAUAGGUAUUUUCUUAACUUAGGGGAUGAUAGCACUAGAACAACUUGGAUUUAUCUCAUGAGAUCAAAGUCUGAGUCUUCUAUACACAUACCAGCCUUCUUUUCAAUGAUUGAAAUACAAUUCCACACCAAAAUUAAAUGUUUUAGAUCAGAUAAUGCUCCUGAUCUUAAACUUCCAGAUUUUUUCAAAAACAAAGGUACUCUUCAUCAAUUUUCUUGUGUUGGAAACCUUCAACAAAAUUCUGUGGUUAAGAGAAAGCACCAGCAUAUUUUGCAGGUUGCUAGAGCUUUAGGUUUCAAUCCAAUCUUCCUUUAUAUUUUUGGGUUGAGUGUGUGUUACCUGCUGUUUACCUCAUUAAUAGGCUGCCUUUUCCAUUAUUGCACACAAAAGUCCUAACAGUUUCAAGAAUUACUUGCAUGAUCA